AUGAAUUUGGAUAAAGUAAUUAGAUAUUUUGUCUAAAAAUUUCUCUAAAAAUGUUUUUUUCAGACUCGUUUUUGCUCGACAUAUUUAUCGUUGAAAAUUGUGGGAGAUCAAAAGAAUUGUGCGAUGAAAAUUGGCAAAAUUUCAAAUCGAUGUGAAGCGCUGAAAAGUUGCUGUGAAAGUGCCAGCAGGUAUUAUCGAAAAUCUCAUCGGUACCACGCGCUCCACCGAAAUACACACGCAACGCAGACCGCGCCGCGCCACAACACACACAAAAAAGAAGGGAAUUAAUUUGAAUCGUUCCCUUAUUUGUGUGUUGUGGCGCGACGCGGUCUGCGUUGCGUGUUUAUUUCGGUGGAGCGCGCGGUACCGAUGAGAUUUUCGAAAAUAAGCUCAUUUUGGAGCUCUCGAGCUGGGAAAUUCUGAAAAUCCAUUAACAAAAAUUUUUGCAGAUGUGAACAAGACGCGAUUUUCACCGAAACCGGUCGAACUUUGACAGGGCUCAAGGAGGAGAUUGCGAUAAAACUAGCUGAAUGCGCUGAAAAAAUGACACCCAAAAAAUCAUUGUCGCCACGAAAAAUCCUGAAAUCCCCACCAUUUUCACUUUGCCUCAACUAUUUGCAGUGUCAAAAAGACGCCUACAAUUUAAAGGCGCAUUGCUUCGAUCCCGAUUUUCAUUACCAAAAAUGCGCUGAGAAAUUGGGCGGGGAGAUUCGGAAAAUGCACGAGAAACGCGAGGAGGCUUUCGAAUAUUUGGAUAAAUGUGUGCCGAUUGUAAAUGUGACGCGCGAGUUUAUGAUUACGGUUGGUUUCGGCUUCAAAUCCCCGUGGCAUUUUCAAAUAUUUUCAGGAGCGAGUUUGCCGCGCGUCUGCUCUCAAAAUCCAAAACUCUCCCACCAACUUCGUCGAACUCCAAAAAUCCGGACAAAAUUGUCAUUUCCACGUGGCACAGAAGCGGCAAGAAUGCGCAAUUUUACGCGAUUGUUGUGUGCAGGCGGAUGUGUGAGUUCCAAGUAUUUUUGGCUCAAAAUUUAGGGAAAAAACCCGAAAAUCUUUCAGGUGUGAAAGAAGUGCACUGUAUGCAGCGAUUUCUGACGAAUAUUUGUUGCGACGAACCGAACUUCGACAGGAAUUGGAACUUUGUCGAAAUUCCGAUUUUUUGCAAUAA